GAACAGAUUCCGCAUUUCCGAAGGCAGCUGCAGGUUAGCACAUACGAACAUACCAGCAAAGUCAUUGCGGCCAUGACUGCCGACAGCUCCGACGGCGACGAGGUGCUUGAGCUGCCGGCGGCACAGUUCAGGGAGCUCCGCAGCUAUUUGGAGCUGGAGUUCGCCAAGCAGCAGGACCUUCUCCACGCGUUGCUUCACCGGGGCUCGGGUUCAACGCUGGCUCUUUCAUCGCCGAACAAGCUCAGCGGCGGCGAGGAAACGGUACGUCUGACACUUCGGGACCAAAUCGAGGAGCCCGCUUGUGAUGACGAUGACCGCGACGGUGAGAAAGCCAGCGCAGGCAGCUCCGUGUCAAAAGUGAAAAAGGACACCGUCUUCUGGCACCAGCAUCACAUGGAUCAAGCACAGCAGCAAGCGACGCACCUGAAGCGCGCCCGAACGGCCUCUGAGAGUGAGGGCAACGACACGUGGAGGACGAUGCUCCGACGCAUCGUUAAUUCUGACCGGUUCGGGAACUUGAUCAUGGCUCUCAUCAUGGCCAACGUCGUCCUCAUGGGCAUUGAGGUGGAUGUUUCGGCUACACUGGGCGAGGACGACAUCCCAAAUUGGUUCAACACGGUGAACCUCUUCAUGGUCGGCGCCUUCGUGAUCGAAACAACCCUGAAGCACCUGGCAUUUGGCUGUGCUGGGUUCUGGUGCGGCGAUGACUUCGGCUGGAACAUCUUUGAUUUCGCCGUCGUCGUCGUGUCCGUCGUGGAAGUUUUCUUGGACGUCUGGGCUCAGAGCGUGGAUGCGAACUCCGGACAGGUUCGGAUGCUGCGGACCGUGCGGCUCGUCCGCGCCCUUCGAGGAAUGAGGCUGGUCCGUGUAUUUCGGUAUGUGGUUGCCCUGCGAACGCUCAUUCUGUCUAUCAUCGCCACCACGGGCUCUCUCAUUUGGACACUCCUGCUCUUCGUCAUGCUUUGUUACUCCUUUGGCAUGGCCAUUGCGCAGUUCGCAACGGACCAUUGUCGAUUUCAGGCCAUCGAGCGAACGCUGGACCCCAAUGCGAUACCAGAAUGUCCGGAGGGUUUGAGGACAUAUUGGUCCAGUGUGGAGACCAGCAUGCUGACGCUGUUCCUUGCAAUUUCUGGCGGGAUCAGCUGGGAUGUGGCACUUCAGCCCCUGCGGGAGUUCUCUGUGGUGCCGACGGCUUUGCUGAUGUUGUACAUCUUCAUUGCGGUCUUCGCAAUUUUGAACGUGGUGACCGGCGUGUUCUGCAACACCGCAAUUGAGAGCGCCCAUGCUGACAAGGAGCUGGCGACCGUGAUUUACGAGCGCUCAAAGCAGGGCCAAGUCGAAGCUCUCCGCACGAUCUUCGAGGAGAUGGAUUUCUCCAGCGCCGAACACAUCAGCAUCCACGACGUUGAAAGGGCGAUGGCACAUGGCCGCCUGUCCGACUUCCUGGGAUCCAUGGGCAUCUCCACGGAGGAUGUUUGGACCUUCUUCAUGCUCAUCGACAUGGACGAGAACGGACUUCUCGAUCUCGAUGAGUUUGUCUCCGGAUGCAUGCAGUUGAACGGGCCUGCGCGGAGCAUUCAACUCGCGAAGAUGAGCUACGAGAACAAGGUGUCAAGGAGAGAAAUUCGAUGCAUCGCAGAGGAGCUAAAGCAGCUGUCCGAGCAGGUGCAAGCAGCAGACGCUUCUCCCCAGGAGAGCAGACGUCGCAUCAUCACCAGCGAAGCAUUCUGA